AUUGACUGUCAUAAAGGGGCCCAUCCACGUGGCUCUCCAUCUCAUCUCCUACUGGUCAAUCCCAAAAUUAAAUUUCGAAGAAAUUCGAAAGAACAACCAGGACAAACAACCAUACCAAAUACACAGAAAAUAAUAAUAAUAAAAGGAAUAAUUAUAGAAAAAUAGGCAGAGAGAUAGAUCAAUAAGAUCAAAUCGAAUAAUGGGUAUGUGAUAUGGGAGGGUUUGAGCACAGAAACUAGCAAUGAAAGGCGUCUACUCGGCGCCCGGAGAUUACAUCUACUUCAAGUCCCAGGUCCCUCUUCACAAGAUCCCAAUUGGCACAAAACAGUGGCGAUACUAUGAUUUUGGCCCAAAAGCAGUACCUCCACUUAUUUGUCUUCCCGGAACAGCAGGGACAGCUGAUGUCUGCUACAAGCAGAUCAUGUCGUUGUCCAUGAAGGGUUAUCGGGUGAUUUCUGUUGAUAUUCCACGUGUAUGGAAUCAUCAUGAGUGGAUCCAAGCAUUUGAGAAAUUCUUGGAUGCUAUCGAUGUUCAUCAUAUACAUAUUUAUGGUACAUCCCUUGGGGGCUUCUUGGCUCAACUUUUUGCUCAGCAUCGUCCAAGACGAGUUCGAUCAUUGAUACUAUCAAACACAUUUUUGGACACACGCAGUUUCUCUGCAGCAAUGCCAUGGGCUCCCAUCGUUAGUUGGACCCCUUCUUUUUUGCUGAAAAGAUAUGUCUUGACCGGAAUUCGUGAUGGCCCCCAUGAGCCAUUUAUUGCUGAUUCGGUGGACUUCGUUGUUUCUCAGGUUGAAACGCUCUCAAGAGAAGACCUGGCCUCCAGGUUAACUUUAACAGCUGAUGCUGCCUCAGUUGGACCUCUGUUGCUUACAGACUCAUUCAUUACUAUAAUGGAUACAAAUGACUACAGUGCGAUUCCUCAACAACUCAAAGAUGAAGUGAGUGAGAGGUACCCUGGUGCAAGGCGAGCACAAUUGAAGACGGGGGGAGAUUUUCCAUUCCUUUCACGGCCAGAUGAAGUAAACUUACAUCUUCAGCUACAUCUAAGACGGGUUGGUGUGGAGGCUCGACCUGAUUUGGUUCCAGGCAUUCCAAAGGGGGGUAGUGGUGGGAGUUCUAGUGAAGAGAAUGAGAAAAAAGAUCCAGAAGAUCCAGCCAAGGAUGAAGAUCCAGCCAACGAUGAUAGGGGAAGCUCAGACAAUCCUUUGGCAGAAAGUCAGCUACCUCAUGCUCCAGAAAGUUCACAAUCUCAUAGCUUGGAUGACCAGCUUGUCAGCAAUGCAAUAGUUUGCGAUUUCAGUAAUGUAGACAUGAUGGUUUCUUUGCAUUUGGGAUUCUUGAAGAAUCAGCAUACUAUACCCACUGAAACUGUUAUGCGACUUUGUGCGGAAAUAAUUGCUCUUCAUUUCCUUUCGUUUUAUGUGGGAUCAUUGUACAUUAGUUUGAACUGUAAUCGGAGGGUCGGACAAGUCGUGUAAAGUGUCCUGACAUUGUUGUUUCUUGCUUGUGUAAUUGUUCAAAAUUGAGUGCGAGUCUCAUAGAUUUUUCAGCACUUCUUUCUCGUCUUGCACCCUCUCCAUUUUCAGUAGUUUGAUUAUUUGCUUUUGGGGGAAUCUCAUCUUCACAGGCAAAGGUUGAGCUUAUAUAUUCCGGAGAGAUUUGUACGGAUUGGAAUCCUCCGAAGAGGAAAAUCUUGAAAGUCCUGAAUGUAGGAGGUAUUGCAAAAUGUUGUUAGGAUUGAAAGUGUUGAUCCAUUGAAAUGCUCUGUUUUGCGCAA